UAAAAAUUAGAAAUGUGCUGUAACGUGUGCUCGAAUAGGGUGAAAGCCUUGUAGAAGCAAAAUCAGAAGCAGAGCAAUGGUGGGAGGAAGAGGAGGUUGGGCUGGAAUGCUUCUCCGCGUUUACAGGUGCACACGCAGCUUCAAGGACAGCUACACUCACUCUCUUUCGUUUAUUACAGUGGACCAUGCUGCCCACCACUCCUCUAAACCUUUCUCCUCUUUCAUCUCCAAAUCGCCACUUUCCAUGAAUAUGAGUAAACGUUUUCGCUCCAUCCCUUUCUCCACCUUCGGACUGGACGACAUCGAUGGCAUGUUAGCCGAGCUUGAGAAGGAACUAGAGCGCACAAGGAAGGAGAGGGAGGCGAGGGGAGAACCACCAGUAGAUGAAGAUGAAGAUUAUAUGGGCUUGGAAUUGGGGCGUAAAGAACGAGACUCUUCCGCUAAGGCAGGGCAAGGUGAGGGCGUCGAGGACGACGAGGAUGAUAGUUCUGAUGACGAUUUCGACGAUUUUGAUGAUGAUGAGGAGAGUGAGUUGCAGGCCGAGGAGGAGGAAGAGAAGCAAGAGAAAAGGUUUGAGGAAUGCUUGGAAAACUAUCAAAAUCUCUUGCGCACUAUGCGCAAUGCAGGUAGUUUGGAUGAAGUAUAUAAAUUGAUGGAUGAGAUAGAUCAGUUUGAAGCAAAGAACUUUGCGGUAUCGUAUGAAUAUAAGGUUGUUGGUUGGUUAAUGCAACGGCUUAAGAAAGCCACUGGAAAAGAACGAUUCAUGCUUCUGAUGAAAACUCAGCGAGCUCUUAAGCAGCUGGAAUGGAAAGAGAAAUUUGAUCCGGAAAACCCUGCUAACUGGGGAGUUAUUGAACAAGAGGAUAUGGGUCCUAGAGAUGAUGUGGAACAGGAUGAAGAGGAUGAGGAAAGGGAUGAAGAGGAUAAGGAAAGUGAAAAGACUGAUGAAAAUGCUGCUGCUGAUAAGGAGGACGAAGAUCUCUCUGAUGAGGAAAAUAAAGAGGAAAUAUUUAGUGAAAAGAUUCAUUCUAUAGAUAAAGAAAUUAAGCAAAAACUUGCACAGAUGGAAUUGAGCUUCGGAAAACAGUCUAGAGAUUUGGAAGAGGAGAUCAAGGAACUUGUGGAACAAAGACAAUCAUUAACAGAGGAAAGUAAACAGCCUCUGUAUAGAAAGGGUUUUGAGGCAAAGCUCAUAGAUGUAAAUCGGACAUGCAAAGUUACUAAGGGAGGACAAGUGCAUAAAUUUUCUGCGAUAGUUGCUUGUGGGAACUUUAAUGGUGUAGUUGGCUAUGGAAAAGGGAAGGGUACAGCAGUUCCAGUUGCUCUUCAGAGGGCUUAUGCAAAGAGUUUUCAGAACCUCCAGUACAUAGAAAGGUUCAAGGAGCAUACCAUUGCCCAUGCUGUACAGGCUCAAUUUAAGAGGACUAAGAUAUACUUGUGGCCUGGUGCUAUUAACACAGGGAUGAGGGCAAACAAAACAGUUGAAAGUAUACUCUAUUUGGGUGGCCUUAAGAAUGUAAAAUCAAAGGUUGUUGGUUCAAGAAAUCCACAAAAUACUGUAAAAGCUCUUUUCAAAGCGCUAAAUAUGAUUGAGACUCCUAACGAUAUACAAGAGAAGUUUGGGCGUACAGUGGUUGAGUCAUAUUUGUUGAAAUAGUUCAUAUUAAUUUAACUUUUGUCCAUGGAUUAUGUUUAUUUAAUGUAAAAAGUCAAUUCAGAGUAUGCCGAUGUCCACACAUGACCAAAGAAGAUCCAUAGGAAUCAAAAGUACAUAAAACUACAAUAGUAAAGAAAUGGAUGUCAAUCUCUAUUUCAGUUGCUUGACAAGAUUCCAACUUUGGUCUUUGUGUUUAUUGGGCUAUUACGGAGGUCUUAAUUGCAUACAAAAGUCUGAAAAUUCAUAAGUUUUUAACAAGUUAUCAUGGUGGCAAGUAUUCCUUUUGCAUUGGCAUUGUAGACCACGACACGUAAUACAUUAAUAUGAUUUCCCCAACAAUUUUUUGGGGGUUCCACAA